AUGGUCACCAUAUCCGACGACGACGAGCUCCUGCUCGCUCGAAUCGGUUACAAACAAGAACUGAAGCGCGAAUUCUCCAAAUGGUCCACCAUCUCCUAUGCCAUCUCCAUCCUCGGUAUUUUAGGCUCCGUUCCCGCGACUUUUGGUGCUCCUCUAGCGGCCGGAGGGCCCGCCACCGCCGUCUGGUGCUGGGCCUUCGGCUCAUGCAUGGCGCUGUGUAUCGGCAGCUCCGUGGCUGAGUUGGUGUCGGCCUAUCCCACGGCAGGGGGUAUGUACUUUGUCACGAAAUACGUGGUCCCUGAGGAACAUGUGCCGGUGUUUUCGUGGGUGCAGGGCUGGUGCAAUCUACUCGGUCAAACGGCCGGCGUAGCCAGCGUGACAUACACGGUGAGUCAGAUGUUGUUGGCGGCGGCGAGUAUGAAUUCAGGGCUGGUUGGAGGUGGAGUGUAUAGAUAUUCUCCAACUGCCGUUGAUACGGUCCUCUUGGCUAUAGUCAUGCUCUGCGUGCUGGGGGUGAUUUGCUCGCUGACAACGAAGACCCUGCAUCGCAUUAUCUUCUGGUUUGCCCCAAUUAACAGUAUGCUUGAUAGAAAGAUCAUGUCAAGACAGAACCUAUGGCUCACUGUUUCCAGUCACGGCGACCAUCAUCAUCUGCUUCGUCCUGCUCUCCUCGCCUGA